AAACGCUUUAGAGCGUCCGCUCAUGGGUAAUGUUAAAAACUGGUGGGAGGACAACAUUUAAAACAAAAAAAGUUUGAGGGAGCGAGCACACUAACAUCGCGCAGAGUUCUUCGAGCUGCGGUGGAUUAUAUCCGGAGCUUGUUGGGCUCGGUUCUCCCUUCACUGGACCAUAAAAUAUGGAUGCUUUGAAGUCGGCUGGCAGGGCUAUUAUUCGAAGUCCGAGUCUUGCGAAACAGUCAUGGGGUGCAGGCAAACACAAAAAGCUUCCAGAGAACUGGACGGACACUCGGGAGACACUUGUGGAAGGAAUGGCCUUCAACCUGAAAUACCUGGGCGUGACUUUGGUGGAGCAGCCCAAGGGUGAGGAACUCUCUGCUGCUGCAGUCAAGAGGAUUGUUGCCACAGCCAAAGCCAGUGGGAAGAAGCUCCAGAAGGUGACCUUAAACGUGUCUCCCCGAGGCAUCAUCCUGUAUGACAGCGCGUCCAACCAGGUGAUCGAGAACAUAUCCAUAUACAGGAUAUCGUACUGCACAGCCGACAAGAUGCACGACAAAGUGUUCGCCUACAUCGCCCAGAGCCAGCAGAAUGAGACGCUGCAGUGCCACGCGUACCUCUGCACCAAGAGGAAAGUGGCACAGGCUGUGACUCUGACUGUGGCGCAAGCCUUCCGAGUGGCCUUUGAGUUCUGGCAAGUCGCCAAAGAAGAGAAGGAGAAGUGGGUGAAGUUGGGUUCUGAUGGUGAAGUGACAAGCAGCUCCCAGUCAGAAAGGUCUGCUAGCAUCGCCAGCCUCAAAGGAGGAGAAGUCGCGACAGGGAACCUGUUGGAUUUGGGCGAGGGUGCCAUCGCCGGGCUUGCCAGCCUGCGCGAGGAUUCCGGCCAUCUGGACGAUGCCUAUGUGGCGCAGUGCCACCACGCUGAGAACAACAAUACCAUAUGGGAACUUGAUGAUGACUUGGACGAAGCCUUUUCAAGCCGCAGUCUGGAUAGCUUUCAAUCUCCAACAGGCUCGCUGAGUCUCGUACUAACCCCCAAGUCCUGGACAUUGGGGUGACCCCUCAGGACAUCAACGCCAACGAGUGCCUGCUGUCUCCUGCCGACUGGGAGAACGCCAACGCCGCUAACGGAGACGAGCUCUUCCGGCUGUGAGCGCAGUGACCCCCCCUCGCCCCGGCGGGGGAAGGCCCGGCCUACCCUCCCUGGAGGGCCCACUGCCAGCACCCUGUGGGCUUUAGCUGGGAGGACCACGGGCUCUGCUCCAAUGACAAAUGUGCUGUCUGUUUCCACACCAAAGCAAUAAUAAACCAUUAAAACCAUUAAUUUCUUUUAAAA